AGCAAACUGCAUCAGUCCAUUUCGGCUGUGGGAUUCUCCAACGAGAAGUACUAGUACCACCAGUCCCUAUGCAGUUCUCAAGAGUGCUGCCAAGACUUUCAUGGGCACACCUUCCAUUUUGAAGAAGAGGACCCGGGAUUUACUGUCGCCUUUGUCAGAAAGAAGAGACGAAAAAAGCUUGUGAUUGACAUGACUUCCAGUUUGACUAGAGAGUUUCAACGCCUGGAUGUAGUGUACGAGGAUAUCAAGUCUGGCAACAGACCGUAUUUGAUGUCUCCAUUAUCCAAAGUUAACCAAAUAUCUUGUAUUGAAGAUAAGGAAAAUGUGGACCCGGCUCUUCAAUCGGAUAAAGGAGAAGAGAAGGGAAGAGAUUGUUCUACUAUCUCAGAGGAUGGUGAUACUAAGGCGAAAGAUAAUAAUCCCAGUUUUAGUAAUCCCCGAACUCAUUCUGAAUUACUUAUUGGCGAAGAAAGCUUGAGUGAUCUCUUACUAUUUUCACCGGAUGCUCGAACUCCAAGGAAUUUGCAUCGAAGAAUCUUGGCUACUUUAUCAGAGAAGGUUGUGACUGCUGGAUCGUCAUCACCUACUGUGAACAAGAGGAAUGAAGGUCAAUCGUCGGUUGCUGUUACUGCAACGAAACCCGUGCCCUCAUUAUCAGCACCUGCAGAAAAUACAGUUGCUACCUCUAGUACUACUACCGCCACUGGGAAUGACCUCUUUGGUGGAACUCCUUUCAGGAGAAGCAUUGAAUCUCCCUCGGCAUGGAAAUCUCCAUGGUUCAUGAACUCCUUCCUCCCCGGUCCAAGGGUCGACACAGAAAUUUCAGUUGAGGAUAUGGGAUAUCUUCUGAGCCCUGGGGACAGAAGCUAUGAUGCCAUUACAAUUUUGAAACAGUUCAGCGAGCACACUGCUGCUGCCUGUGCUGAUGCGUUGGAAGUUCUUGGGGAUGAAACCCCUGAAACCAUAUCCAAAGGAAGGCGGUGCCAGAAGAACACCGUCUCGGACCAAGAAAACAACGAUGGAGAUCGUGACAUUAGUGGCUCCCAUUUGGCCAAUAUUUCUAAGGAAGGCCGAGUUCUGGACUUCAGUGAAUGCGGGACUCCUGAGAAAGGAAAGGAGAAUUGGAAGUAUUCUUCUACUACAGGUGCAACGAGCAGCUUGUCGAGUCCUUCCACUUCUUCCCACCUGUUGAAGAGUUUCAGAUAGCAGAGGAAGAAAGCCAAGAAGGGAAGGAAAAGAGAAGAAGGAAAACAGUUUUAGGCUGUGGGAAAUUCUAUUGUUUAUAGUAACACCAAAAUAUAGAUGUAUGUAUGCAUUUUGUCAGGAAUCCGAUUUUCGUUAAGAACCUUCAAUCUAGUCUGAACUCAUUCAAUGUUGUUCAUCGCAGUCUCUCCCUUCAGAUUCGAAAGAAAAGAAGAGAAACUGUGUAUUUUUCCUUUUCAUUGUGUCUCGUCCAUUUACCUCGGUCUGUCUGGAAUUAGUCGAGGAAGAUUGGAGAUUGCUGGUAGUAAGUCGAGAGAAGGUUUGUUUAAGAGGUGGUGGUGACACUAUUGAUGUUGUUCCUUGUUAGGAAUAGUGUGAUCAAUACGUCCAGCGAACACAGCAAGUCGAUGUUUCCUGACAACAAUGAGGUUGCUUGUACCAGAGGCAACAAAAGGAAGGAUGAUUCAUUUGGGGGAAAAAAUGGAACAAUUAAGU